UUAAAAUAUAUUUUGUAAAUUUAUUAACUAAUGGUAAAAUAGUAAAUCAAUAUAAUUAGUAAAACGAAUACCCAGAGAGAGCUUAGCCAUUAGCUAAUGAAGAAGUCGAACCAUAAAUAUUAGAAUUAGCUUAAUAAGCAGCUGCUCUUAAAUAAGUAUUGUAUUGAUAAAAUAAUAUUAGUUAAAAAAAGGAGCUAAUGAAACAACUAAGACAUUAAAUAGAGGUAUUGCUGAAUUAGUAAUUAUUGCAGCUGAUACAACACCAUUAGAGAUUGUUCUUCAUUUACCAUUACUUUGUGAAGAUAAGGUAAUAUAAUUAAAAACUAUUUUAAUUAGAAUGUUCCAUAUGUUUUUGUUAAGAGCAAAGUUGAUUUAGGUAGAAUGUGUGGAACAAGUAGAAAUGUUGUUGCUUGCUCUGUGAUUAAAGAUAAAAAUUCAAGAAUUAAUUAAAAUAUCACAUACCUAAAAGAUUUAUGUGAAAGAUUGCAAAUAAACUAAGAAGCAUGAUCAAUAUUAAAAUAUUUGAUGCACAUUAAUAAUUUAUACUUUUAC